AUGGUUCAUGGUCCAUCUUGUGAACUUUUAAGUAGACAAAGGUCUCCUUGGCGUACCAGCGUACAUGUAUGUGGAGAAUCACCUGUAAAACCCAAGAAAAUGUACAUACACUCUUAUCUCCUACUCCUUUCCAUCGUCACUCAUUUGUUACAUUCUCAAGUCUUGCGUAGUCUACACACGCGGUGUUAUUCAGUUUGCCAGAGCAGUCUUUGUUCUCUAAAAGCUGGUGGAGGAGGAAAUGAAGAAUUGGGAGACGAACUCAUAUUGAUCAAUGUGGGAUUGAAAACGCAAACUAACUAUCCUGAAAAGUUAAACAUAAACUAUACUUCUGGCGAUUGUCAUGAUGUUGUAUGCAGCAAUACUGGAUUCAAAGUGAAUGUUUCGGACAAAUGCAGCACAACUGUCACUGCCAGCCAUCUUCCGGGUACAUAUAAACUGGCUCAAUUUCACGCUCACUGGAGCAAGGACGGUACCUGUGGUUCAGAGCAUCUUCUCAAUGGAAAAGCCAUGAGUGGAGAGAUAAGGCUCCUGUUUCUAGUUUUCAACUGUUUCAAUUCUACUCAGGUCCAUUUCGUUUUUUGGAAUACCAAAUAUGAAACAAUGGCUAAAGCUGCGGAACAAGACGACGGAUUUGCUGUCAUUGGUGUUUUCAUUAAGGAGGGAGCCCAUUCGGACAACUACGAUCCUCUAUUCAAAGUAAUUCAAAAAGCGAUUGGCUCAUCGUCGCCAGUUCCAAUGCCAAGCGACUUUGUUCUUGAGCAGCUGUUCCCUCCUGCGGGGUGUAAGACGAAAGCUAGCAGACGGAUGCCCUCAUGUGAAGAUCUUGUUCGCAACUUAUUUCGGGGGGAAAAAAAUGCGAAUCUAUAA